AUGUCUCUUGCAGCGGACGCCUUCGUGUCACAAAUGGCGGCCGCUGAGCCAUGGCCUGAGAGUGCAACUCUUUACCAACCGCUGAAGGAGGAUCAGAUUCUUCUGUCCGAGUGCGCCUCAUCCCUUGCAGUUCAGACCUACUUGCGAAUGUGUGGUCUGCCUGUGCAAGUGGUCUGUAAAGCCAAUGCUGAGUACAUGUCACCCUCGGGCAAGAUUCCCUUCAUUCAUGUGGGAAACCAGGUGGUGUCAGAACUAGGUCCAAUAGUGCAGUUCACCAAAGCCAAAGGUCACUCUCUGAGUGACGGCUUGGAUGACAUUCAGAGGGCCGAAAUGAAAGCGUACAUGGAGCUGGUCAACAACAUGUUGCUGACUGCUGAGUUGUACAUCCAGUGGUGUGACGACAGCACAGCUGCUGAGAUCACCCGUCCUAGGUAUAGCAGUCCCUACUCAUGGCCCCUCAGCACAAUGCUGGCCUACCAGAAGCAGUGGGAGGUGCGGCGGAAGAUGAACGCCAUUGGCUGGGGGGGUAAAAGCUUGGAGCAGGUAUAUGAGGACGUGAGUCAAUGCUGCCAGGCGCUCUCGCAGCGCCUCGGGACACAGCAGUUCUUCUUCAAUAAACAGCCGACGGAGCUGGACGCCCUGGUGUUCGGUCACCUGUUCACCAUUCUGACCACCCGGCUGACCAGCACUGAGCUGGCUGAGCGCGUGCGCAGCUAUGGGAACUUGUUGUCGUUUUGCAGGCGCAUCGAGCAGACCUACUUUGAGGACAGGACAUCUUGA